AUUGUCUUUUCUGACCUGACAGCCUAACGAGACAUUCCUUUAGAAAGGGGAGGAACAACUCUGUGUUGCUCGGCAGGCCCCAUCCAGUCGGCUGAACAACAUUUUUUCACUUCUCCUUCUGUAGGGAAGUGAGAAAGCACAUGACCCAGACCAGCUGACAUGACUUACUGAGCUUGUUCAAAGUUCGAUCUACUCUGACAGAUUAGAAAGGGGUGGUAUUUCGCACAAAAGUCUGCAGUGUGUGCCGGUUGUCAUGCAUUUGCAGGUUGCUGCUUGCCUCUCAGCCCUGCGAUGGAAACAGACAGCUCACUCAUUGAGUAGGAGAGAGUUAACACAGAUGACAACAUUCUGGUAGAAGCAGGGAAGUCCCAUGUGGCUCUCAGACACAAAAGGACCAGACGAUGACUGCUAAGAGAAUCAAUAAAGAAACUGGAGAGCUGAGCGCUUCUGGGGAGUUAUCUGCUUCAGGGGAGCUGAGAACAGAAAAGUUGGGGGGCCUCUGCAGGAACCCCCAACUUCUACAGGAGUUCAGACAACAACUCGAGGAGCUGGGAGUCUCUGAGAGGACAGAGGAGAUUAAUCAAACAGACCACACUGCUUUGGAGCUACACGAGCAGCGCUUGGUUCAAAUCUUGCCUCUUUUUAUCCAGGUUUAUGAGGAUGGCUUCAGAUUCGAAGGAGUGGACAUAAAGGGGCUCGCCGCUUUCACUGCUGACAGCGUUAUCCGCAAUAUUCACAAAAGACUUGAGGAAGGACCCGCAGAAUGGGCGCGUGAAAAUGUGGUCCAGUUUUUUAAGAGGCUAGAUGAGAGCAAAGGCUGUAAAUCGGAUGCAGUUCCUGGAUGGAUGCUGCUCAAAUCUCUGUUGCUUCUCUCAUCUUGCAGCUCAGAUAUUUGGUCAUGCAUGAACCCAGAACUUCCUGUUGCUUUGGUCAAGUGUCUCUAUCUGCUCGUGUGCCUUCCAUCUAAAACAGAAGAUGAAGAGAAAACAUUUGAGGAGCUUCUGACACAGAUUUUCUUCCAGCUUUGCUGUGAGCCGGAAUACGUUGAGAGGUUGAUAGAGGCUCAGGAGAUGCAAUGUCUCAUUAUCGGACUGACUUCAAUGUGCGAUCAAACCAGUGCGAGCUGGAGGCAGCGAGCCUCACGCAUCCUCAAAGCCGUGUCUGCUGUGCCAACAAGCAACAUGGUCCCACGCCUGUUAGCCAAGAACUGUAUACGAAUCUGCAUCCAGAACCUUCUGAACAUCAGUGCUGAUGUCCCAGGGCCGGUGCUGGCUGAAGUGGCCGUGGCCGUUUUUAGCUUCAUUAGAGACACAUAUGACCUCAGUCCAGCUCUUUUUACUGAGUUUGACAACAACAAUGGCUACCAGGCUCUCGAGACCAUCCUGAAACGCUGUGAGGACGGGGUUUGCCUGGAGGAGUUUCGUCCUGUGGAGGAACUUCUGGCUCUCAUUGCAUCUUUAACUUUUCUGGGAAAAGCUGAGCUCAAAGUGGCUCUCUGUGUCACCAACCCGCAGCCUCCCGGUUUCAAGUUUGACCCCCCACUCACCAAAGGAUCAGCGGUCAAGAACCUAUCAGCCUUCCAUCUGCUGCAGGCCUCUUUGCUGCGUUCCAAUGACAUCUCCCUUUGCAGCCAGCUUUUGCAAACGAUACACACAAUAUGGAAGAAGGAUCCGGCCAAUUUCUUCCUCCUGGAGUGGACGGUCCAGUCGAUGACCCAGUUGGCUGGUUGUGUGUGGAGUAAACCCCCACCUGUCCAAGACCUUUUCUUUUCAAUGCUUGAGAUGGUUUUAUUUAAGAUGAGUUACAUUCCUCAUGAGACCUUGAGAGCUGUACUGAUUGUGUUGAAGAAGAGCUGGUCUGGAGCAUUGGCUGGUGGAGUUGCUGGGACAGACUUUGGUGUGAUGGCCCUUAAGUGUUUCCACAAAAUGACUGUGCACAGCUCCAUGCUAGCAGAGGUGUUAAGUGAUGGUGGAUUGCUGGAGUUGUUGCUGGGAGAACUUCGAAGGAGAGCUAAAAUCCUCAGAAAAGCCGGCCCGUCUUCUAAAACAAAUUCUCAGCAGCUGCCAUGUGUGGAACAAAGCGAGAGGCUGCUCACCACCUGCAUGCUGCAGGUUGUUUCAGCUCUUACUUUGCGUUCUAUCAAAAACACAGUUUCCAUACGAGACCUUGGCAUGGUUCCCUACAUAAAGAUCUUUGUGGACGAGGAUCAGUAUCGAGGUCCCACUCUCAGCAUCUUGGAGCAGCUCGCUGAGAUUAACGCCGAUGAAUUCAUGAGCACAGCCAUCGGAGCCCUCUGCUCCGCCACACAGCAGGAACUCAAACUGAAGCAGGACCUCUUACAGUCUUUGCAGAGAGUGCUGGAAAACCCCAACAGCUGGGACGCCUUUAGGAAAGCAGGAGGCUUCACUGGACUGCUGUCUCUGGUGACAGACAUGGAAGGGGCCCUUUCUGAUCCUCCAAGGGGAGAAGUGUGGAGGAUGCUGGGACAUCAGCAGAUAUUGGAUCUCCUCCUUCUUACGCUGCACAUCCUUGCACUGACGGUCCAUCUUCACAGCGUAAAUGCACACCAUUUUGAAACUGGUGGCUUUUAUGACAAGCUGGCAGAAGCUUUGCUCCAGCUGGGCUGCUUCCACACAGAACGUCCCGAGACAGAGAAUUGGGAUGAACAAAGAUGCUCCUUUCCCAAGACUGCAGAGGAAAAACAGACUCCUGGAAGGAGCUUCUUUGAGUUUGUUGAGUUAGCAGAUGCCUCUGUAACUAAUCCUUCCAUCACAUCGCAGCCACAUCUGCCGGUCACUCUCAAGGCUUGUAUAAGGCUCCUCUUCUACCUCGAACAGUUUGCCACAGGGACCUUCUUUCCUCAGGAGUUUAAAUCUGGGCAAGAGUGUUGUGAUGGGUGUGAUGAAGACGCAGAAUCACAACAGGGACUAACAGCUUCUGAAAAAGAGCACCCAGGACUAAAUUCUGUCCCACAAUCCACGGAGGGAAAAACGUGCAUCAGCACAGAAUCUAACUACGGGUUUUCUCGCAAUCAGAUAAUUGCUCAUCCAGGAGCAGUCAGAAUUAUCACAACUCUUCUACCAAAGGUUUUCUCCCCUCAGGACUCACAGCUCUCUAUGGAGGUUCAGUUUUCUGUGGCUCAUCACAUUCAAUGUUUAGUCAAAUCCGAGCGUAACCGACAGAUAAUGUGUGAGAGUGGGCUGGUUUCUACUCUUCUAACACACUGUCGAAGCGUGCUGCUGAUCCCAAACCACCCAUUACAUGUACCUAUUACACGAACCUUGGAGAAGCUCUCCUCCCAGGCCAUCUCAUCUUCUGACUUCAGGAAGUUUCUGCGCUUGGGGAACCCUCUUAUGUGUUUGGUCAAACGUGUCCAGCCAGAAUUCAACCAAUCCAUAGAAACACCUGAUUCAACAGAGCAGUGCACAGAAGUCAGUGGAUCAUCAGUAAAAAAACUGAAGAGGACCUUUAGCCUUCUGGAGCCAUCUUUUGGAUCAGCCGUUCCCGUCCACCAGAUCAUUACUCUGGUGUCCAUGACGGCACCACGAACAUUCAGACCACACCGGCUCUCCUCCUCACCCGCCUUUGUAGAGUUUGACAUGAAUGAGAGUGGAUAUGGUUGUCUUCUCCUACCAUCUCUGGCCACAGUGAAAGGUGUGACUGCUGAUUCUAUCCCAACAGGAGGAAUAGGAGGAGACUGCCGAGGUUUCCCACCUGCAGCUGGCCUCUCCUUUUCCUGCUGGUUCCAGAUCAACAGGUUCAGCUCUGCCUGUGAUUGCCAUCCAGUCCGUCUGCUGUCGAUUGUUCGGCACAUGUCCCGAACUGAACAACAGUACAUCUGCCUUUCAGUUUCUUUCUCCGCCCAUGAUGGCUGUCUUGUCAUCUCCACUGAAGAGGAAGCUUUCACAUACCUCGACAUGAUGGAGCCAGAGGUUUCCACUCCAACUUCUCUGCCUACAUCUCUGAGGUUCCGUUGUUCCAGCAAGCUGGUCCCAGGCCAGUGGCACCACCUGACUGUCGUCCUGGCCAAAGACAUGAAGAAGAGCUGCGUGACUACAGCCUACUUUAAUGGCAAGGCAGUGGGGACAGGGAAGAUGAAAUACAUCCAACAAUUCCCUGGUCACUUCGUCUCCAUGGACCCCACAGCUGUGAUUGAUGUGUAUGGAGUAAUGGGGACCCCAGCUCCCUGGAAGGAGCAUGCUGCUUUGGUGUGGCGUGUGGGACCUUCUUAUCUCUUCGAGGAGGCUUUGAGCUCAGAGGCUGUGGUUGUUUUGUACACCCAAGGCACGGCAUACCUUGGCAACUUCCUGGCUUUACAUAACACAGGUUUCAACUCAGAUGCUGAGACUCCCCCACUCCGGAUGGUUCCUGAGGAGAGAAUCUCCUUUGGUAUAAACCCGGCAGUUUCCACCUUAACAACGGUGGCACAGAUCAGAGAGGAUUACAAUGAAGUAGACUGCAGACUCAUAGCUAAAGAGAUGGGGAUAACAUCUCGAGAUCAGUCCACCCCCGUUUUUCUUGCUCGAAACAUCAGCCACCACCUGAGUGGAACAGCUCGUACGAUAGGAGCUGCCCUGAUUGGACAUUUUGGCGUGCGAAAAUUCACCCCCAGCUUUCCCUCCAACGGGUUUCUGUAUGUUGGUGGACCUGCUGUUGCUCUCAGCCUGGUGGCAAUGGCCCCAGACGACAGCUCUUUGUAUGCAGCUGUAAAAGUUCUUCUUUCUGUGCUGGAAACCAACUCUGCCAUGCAGCAGGAAAUGCUCCGCAUCAACGGAUACAAGCUGUUAGCUUUCCUUCUGAAGAUGAAGAGCAGCCUCGUCAGCUGUCGAACUCUGCAGUUGAUUCUAUGUCUUUCGAGCUCGGUGGAGCUAAGUUGUGGCUCUGGAUGCAUCCAGAACAUACCUGCUUUCCAGGCUCUGCUAUGUGAUCUGGAGGUGUGGCAGAACACAUCAGACCGUCUGGACUUCUCAGUUUUGAACUACUUUGCUGAAAUCCUGAGUUCAUCAAUUGACAACAGAAAUGCAGCGGUCAUGCACAGUGUUGGGCUGCUGCCAAAGCUGCUUUUUGAGCUGACCAAUCCAGCCAUUACAGUUCAGAAGGUCAAGAUUAUUUGUUGUGUCAUAACAUUCCUCCUGAAAGCCCACUUGAGUCCACUGGACAUUAGCAGAUUUGGCCUCUUCCUGGUGUACACACUCCCUCCUUCCAGUAAUAAGACUGAAAUCAAUGAGAUGAGUGACGGUGUUCUUUUACAGGAUAUGUCAGCUCAGAAUUCUUCUUUAGCCAGCCUCAUCUGCAUCCGCAACCAGAUGCUAUUUGUGCUUUGUGAAAUUCUCAACUCUGACAGUUCUCUGACAGAAGAGCAGCAGAAAACAGUGUUUGAAUCCCUCGGCAGUGAUUGGUUCCUGCUCUUCCUUCAGGCCCAUCUUCAUCCCUCCACACUGAAGCUGGCUCUUGUUCUGCUCACGCGGUUUCUGUCCUGCCCCGACCGACGGAGCAGCUUCAGAGAAGGGGUGUUCCUCGGAACGCUCGCUGACAAUGCUAAGGGAUCAUUAGUGAUCAUGGACAACCUCCGAGGUCAUCUUUGGUCCUGCGAGCUUCUGAGUGGCACAUGUCCAGGUUUUGAUCUACUUCAGGAGCUGCUAAUCAAAAGCAUUCACCUGCCUCAGGUGUAUGGAGCUCUGGCUGCUCUGAUGUUGGGGAAGACGGUCACUUAUGGUGCAGAGGAAACGGAGCAGCUCGAUGACAUCAUCCAGUUGCAGAUCGACUCCCAGGCAGACUCUCCUGCACAGCCGCUCUGUGCUGAUGCUGCAAUAAUAUUGCUGGAAUUAGUUAAAGUCAUCAUAACACAGCCCACCUGUUCAAGUCAGCUCAGGGGAGUCGCUGAUGAACCAUGGAGGACACAGUUUCCUCCAAGUGUGAUGCAGUUCCUGUGUCUCCUUCAUAACCUGCAUCCAAGAGACCCAUUGUGGGUGUCGCCGACAUUCUUGUAUGCUCUCGCUUCUGCGGCGUUCCCUAUGGAGGCGUCCGAGGUGGUCACUGAAAACAACAUAACAAAUGAAAAUGAGAAAAAAAACAGCUGUCAGAGCAGGAAACCUGUGCUGGACUUCCUGCGCAUCGUGCUGAUGGACAGCCUUCUCAACAUAUCUGCCAACUCCAACACACAUCCAGUCAUUCUGCUUCUACAAUUUUCCCCUGACGACACAUCACAGGAGCUCAGGUUGAGUUUUCAGUCUGAGUUAGGUGAAUUGAUCAUGAACAUCAUCCGGAUGCUCAGUCUUGAUGAAGACAACAACACUCAUCUCAAUUCACAAGACAGCAAGAAUCAGACACCUGAAGGACAGAUGGGAACCUUCAUGGAGAACGUGGUGCUUUUUAGUAAAACUUUGCAGCAGAAUCUUUAUGAUGGAACGCUCGCUGGAGACUCUCAGACUUUACUAAACUUUCUUGCAGAUCAGAUCUUAGCGACUGUGGAAAAAGGCCAGACUAAUAAAGAGAAGAUGAUGUCGGCUCUGUACUCGUGCACCAACAAAGUCCUGCUUUAUUUCUUAUCUCAACAACGGCAUUCCCAAGACGAUAAGGAAGAAGUCGUCAGGGCUUUGCAGACUUUCAUGGAACGCUGGGACGUUGUCAUGGCAACCUACAAUGCAAAUGUGAAUUUUAUUACUUGCCUUCUUCAUUGUCUGUUGCUGAUUAGCUCUGGCAGCUAUCCUGAAGGUUUUGGAUGUGCAGCCCAAAAAAUGAGUAGAGCAAAAACCCAUUCUUCAGACUUCAUCAAUGGAGAAGAUAGAUCGAAUGACAAGCAGCUUCUUACACUGGCAGAGGCCUGCUGGUCAAAAGUCAUUUCUGAGAGGCAGCGGAUGCUUGAAGAAAACUAUAAGAUGGAGAUCUCGGCGAGCCACGAAGCAGGCAAACCUAUAAGCAUGGUGGAUGUCAGCCCUUUGUGGGAAGAAAUGGCCUGCAAUAUCUGGCUACUGCACACAGAGUCACAGAAGAAGAAAAUGUCCAGAACAUCUCAAAAGAAGCUUGAUAGUGGUGCUCCUCAGUUGGUUUUAAGGAAAGGUCAAGAGUCUGUGAAAGCAGAGGAAUUUCUGUCAAACAUGGAGUCACAGCGGCAGAGGAGCCACAGCACGUUUGACAACAUGAGGAAAAACGACUCACAGUUGCGAGCUGCUGAGCGGGAACAAACGAGCUCCCUGUGGCUGAGCGUGGAGGCCGAACUGCUGAGGGAGAGAGCUGUAUUCGGUCCUGGACCGGGGGUGCUGCUGAGCCAAGACUGGAUGCAAGACUCCACUGAGGGGCCCAAUCGGACCAGACUACGCAUUCGCAGAAAAGCAUUGAGACAUUCAAAACCGGUGCUAGGAAUGUUAUGUGUUGCUUUAAGAACUGAUGAUAAAAACAGAGCAGGAGGUGAUGCAGAGCCAAAAAUCCUGUGUGAAGCUGCAAUAGACGAGGAAGCAGAGGAAGGUCUAUCCUGUGACCGUCUGACGUUCUUCCCGGCUCUGACUGAGACCCCUACCAUCACCGAGGGUCAAGACCCCUGCUCCUCCUUACAAGACUGUCCGGACAUACGCAGCAUCCUGCAGGAGAUGGACCCCGGAGAAGAGAUUACAGCAAAGAUGUGUGUGGUGAUAGUGAGCAGCCUCAGCAUCACUGAAGGUCUGUUGCUGUUCGGAAAGGAGAGCCUGCUCCUGUGUGAGGGAUUCACUCUCAACUCUGCCGGAGAUGUUUGCUGCAGAAGACACCAUCCGAGCAGUGUCAAAGAUUCUUUCAUUUCCACCAUGCUGAACAAAGAGCUGCCACCUGCCAGCUGCAGACGCUGGCCUUAUGAGGACAUCAAGGAGGCCCGCUUCAUGCGGUUCCUUUUAGAGGACAAUGCUAUUGAGAUCUUCAUGAAACAAGGACACACUGUUUUUCUUGUAUUCCUCAAUAAAGACCACGUUUCUGCAUACAAAAGGAUGAGCAGAGUUGUGCCUGCAUUAAAGGGGAGAGCGGUUGCUGAGGUGAUCGCCAACGCCAAAAAGACUCCUGUUGUUGAAAAGGUGGCCCUUCAUAAAUGGCAGAAAGGGGAGAUAUCUAACUUUGAGUACUUGAUGCAUCUGAAUACCAUCGCUGGACGGACAUACAAUGAUUUGAUGCAAUAUCCAGUUUUCCCCUGGAUUUUGGCUGAUUAUCAGUCAGAGACAAUUGAUCUGUCAAAUCCUGCGACUUUCCGGGAUUUGUCCAAGCCGAUGGGAGCUCAGACCGAGAAAAGGAAACAGAUGUUCCUCCAGAGAUACGAAGAAGUGGAGAACAAUGAUCCUGAAGGCUUGUCAGCACGGUGCCAUUACUGUACCCACUACUCGUCUGCCAUUAUUGUGGCCUCCUUUCUGGUCAGAUUGGAACCAUUUUCACAAACCUUUCAGAUGCUGCAGGGAGGCUUGGAUAUCCCGGAGCGCAUGUUCUACAGCAUAAAGAAAGAGUGGGAAUCAGCUUCCAGAGACAACAUGGGAGACGUCAGAGAGCUUAUUCCAGAGUUUUUCUACCUGCCUGACUUCUUGCACAACUCCAACAACAUUCAUCUGGGUUGUAUGGAGGAUGGAACUGCAAUUGGAGAUGUUGAGUUACCUCCCUGGGCAAAAGGUGACCCGCAAGAGUUCAUCAGAGUCCACCGAGAGGCUCUAGAAAGUGACUAUGUGAGUUCACACCUCCACUUGUGGAUAGACCUGAUCUUCGGAUGUCGGCAACAAGGUCCAGCUGCUGUAGAAAGUGUCAACACGUUUCACCCUUACUUCUACGCCCAGAAAGGCAGACAAGAUAACAAGGAUCCAAUCAUCAAGAGCACAAUCUUGGGAUACGUCAGCAAUUUUGGACAAAUUCCUAAACAGCUCUUCACCAAACCCCAUCCACCUCGCUGUGGUUCUAAGAAAGAAGGGUCAUCCCCACCCAGUCCCACUCCAUUCUUCUUUAAACUGGACAAACUGAAGUUUUCUCCACAACCAUUCAAAGAGCUGGCAGGAGGUCCAGUGGGUCAGAUAAUAUGCCUGGAAAAAGAGGUUGUGGUUCUUGAGAAAAACCAGCUCGUCCUGUCCCCUUCGCUGAGCUGCUUCUUCAGCUGGGGAUUCCCAGACAACAGCUGUGCCUUUGGAAACUAUGCCACAGGAAAGAACUUUGCAGUGAGUGAGCGUUUGUGUGACUGGGGAGAGACGUACUGCGCCGCCUGCCCCAACCCAACCACUGUCAUCACGGCUGGAAGCAGCGCCGUCGUUUGCGUUUGGGAUGUUGCUGUCAGCAAGGACAAACUCAGCCGCAUGAAGCUCCGACAGCCCUUAUACGGUCACACGGAUGCGGUGACGUGUCUGGCUGCGUCUGAGGUCCACAGCUUGAUAGUGAGCGGCUCUCGUGACCUCACUUGCAUCCUGUGGGACCUGGAAGAGUUGAGUUACAUCACACAGUUAGCUGGGCACACAACCAGCAUCUCUGCUCUGGCUAUCAAUGAAAAAACUGGUGAGAUCGUGUCCUGCGCAGGACCGUCAAUGUACCUGUGGACCAUGAAGGGUCAGCUGUUGACUUGCGCAGACACUUCCUGCGGGCCUCAAGCAGACAUCCUGUGUGUCGGCCUUACGCAGCGUCACGAGUGGGAUGCCAGGAAUGUCAUCGUCACAGGCUGUGCAGACGGCGUAGUGCGGAUAUGGAGGACAGAGUACAACAGAACACAAUUACCUGGCCCUCCAGAAGAGCCUGCACCCCUGGGGCUAGAGGGAGCAGAGAGAGACGAGAACAAGCGUUGCCAGGAUAAAGGCUGGAGGAGAUGUCUGAUGUUGUGUCAAGAGCUGAGCAGAGGUCAGACGCAGCGCCGCUGCAAAAACAACCCCGCCGUCACGUCUCUGGCCAUGUCCAGGAGUCAUGCGACUCUUUUGGUCGGAGAUGCCUGGGGAAGAGUUUUCACCUGGACUUAUGGUUCUCUUGGAAAAGGAUCUGAGCAUACACAGUGUCCGGGCUUGGAUCGGUGGGCUCAGGACUGGAGGAGCGCGGCAGCUCCUUCCUCGGUCUGACUAACUCCAGCUCUGCAUAUGUCAGGCUUUCUUCUCGAGGCUAUGAGAAAGAAACAAGGACACCCAUUUCCUGUCAAACAAGAAAUGUCCAUAUAUGUUGUCUGGUAUAUUUCACAAUAAACAGUUGUGUUCCUUUGUAAACAUUU